GUGAGUGCGGAAGUGCAGCCACAACUUGAACACAGCUCACUGUGCGAAGUAAAGUCCAGGUUGAUAUCAAUUACUUCUCGUUUAGAUGUAAAGUUUAAUACUUUUGGCUCAAUGAACUCAAAUGUUGUGACGGCUGUUCAACCGUAGGAUGCGACCAACAACUGUAUCUGACGUUAAUUUAAUAUAAUAAAGCUGAUUGUUUUUUAGAGUAGACGCAGCUUCUGACUGAACACAUGAGUUACAGGCUGACAGGUGAUACUAGUACAUAGUCCUGCCAGGUGAUACUUGUACAUCUUCCUGACAGGUGAUACUAGUACAUCUUCCUGACAGGUGAUACUAGUACAUCUUCCUGACAGGUGAUACUUGUACAUCUUCCUGACAGGUGAUACUAGUACAUCUUCCUGACAGGUAUAAAAGCCGAGAGACACAAUGUCCUGAUGGAGAACAUCCGAACACGUCUUACAUCUGGAAAUAAAGUCGAAGAUGUGAAACUGAGGCAACGGAACACCCAACUGUACUCAAAGGACGAUGAAAGUCCUCUUAACGACGGUGAGCUGAGAACCAGAGUUGUUGUGUUUUCUGUGGCAUUCAGAGUCAUCAACUGCCUCCUGGUUCAAACCAGCUUCGUCCCUGAUGAGUACUGGCAGUCUCUGGAGGUGUCCCAUCGUAUGGUCUUCGAUUAUGGCUAUGUGACCUGGGAAUGGAAGGAAGGACUAAGAGGAUUCACCUAUCCACUCUUCUUUGCAUUCAUAUACAAGUUAUUAUACUUCAUAAACUGCGACUCAGUUCAUCUCCUGAUAUGGCUUCCACGAAUAAUUCAAGCGCUAUUCGCUGCGUUUGCAGAUGUCAAAUUCUUCUUCCUCAUCCGAAGGUUGGAAAGUGGUGACGUUGCAAAAUGGACGUUCUUCUGCCAUAUGUGCUCGUGGUUCUCGUGGUUCUGCUGCACCAGGACUCUGACCAACAGCACGGAGACGACCCUCACCUGUCUGGCUCUGUCUUACUUCCCACUGCCUGGAUCCCAAACACACAGCAGCAAAAUAUAUUUGACCCUGGUCGCCUUGGCCGUCAUCGUCCGCCCGACGGCCCUGAUUGUCUGGUUUCCUCUGGUGAUGUACCAUUUCUGGGUGGAAAAGAACAAACUGAGGCUCAUCACUCACAACUUACUUCCAAUAGGAGCUUUGGCGAUCGUGAUUUCAACAGUGAUCGACUGUAUAUUUUAUGAAAAGUGGACCAUGGUGCAGUUCAACUUCCUGAAGUUUAACGUCUUCCAUAGUGUAGCGGACUUCUACGGCUCUCAUCCCUGGCACUGGUACUUCACUCAGGGGUUUGCCGUCGUGAUCGGCCCACACCUUCCGCUCUUCCUUCACGGGUUCUGCAUCGCCUUCAAAAGAUACACUAUUCUGUUGGCAGCGGUCGUCUGGACCGUCGGGGUUUACAGUUUGCUUCCUCACAAGGAGUUCAGAUUCAUCUACCCGGUGCUGCCUUUCUGUAUGAUAUUCUGUGGGAUUUCUUUGGCUAGUUUGAAAGCGUGGCGACGAACUGCUGCCUUCAUCCUGUUAGUGAGCAACCUGGCCGCAGCGCUGUACACUGGCCUGGUCCACCAGAGAGGCCCGCUGGUCGUCAUGGGCAACCUCCAGACCCUGUGUGACGUCAGCAGCAGCUCCUCCCCUCUGCAGCCAGAUGUCCUCUUCCUCAUGCCCUGCCACUCAACUCCCUAUUAUAGCCACGUCCACUGCCCGAUGAAGAUGAGGUUUCUGGAGUGUCCUCCAGAUCUUGGAGAAGACGGCUACGUUGAUGAAGCCGACCGGUUCUACGACGAUCCUCCCCUCUGGCUCAGAACUUCAUUUCCACACAAAUCUUUUCUACCGACCCAUCUGGUUUUGUUUGAUGUUUUGGAGAAGGAAAUCUCCGUAUUUCUGCAAGGGAAUAAGUUUGUGAGGACAGCGGAGAUAUUUCAUACUCACUUUCCAGAGGGAAGAGUUGGAGGAAGCAUCUUUAUUUAUGAAAGACAGUGAAAACACUGGAACAACGGCAAGUUUCUGUCCUAAAUGAGAAUGUGACUUGAUAUUGAUUUUCUACUGUAUUAAAUAUUGUAAUAACUAUUUUUUUAAAUCCCAAUUAUCAGAUAUGUCUAAAGUAUAACACCACCUGUAUUUAUUUUCACAACUACAUUUGGUGACAUUAUUGCUUGUACUUUUUUGCCAACGCAUGUAAACAAAGACAAAUAAAACUGUGAGUUAAAACAAG